AUGUUAUUCAUAGCAGUUCUAUAUUCGAUUUACAAAUACUUAUUUCCAACUGCUCUACCAACAAAUUUCAUAUAUUUAUUUUGUUUAGAAAAAUGUUUUAAUGGCAAUUCAACAGUAAAGAAAGAAAAUGGUGAAACUACUUAUAUACGCAAUUUGAAAAUUGGUGAUUCGGUAUUAGUGUAUGAUAUUAAAACAUCAACAAUAAAAUGGAGUCCUGUCAUAAUAAUGUUUAUUUAUCAACGAUAUAAUCCAAAAGCCUCGGUGGAUUAUCUCGAAUUACAUACGUCAUCAACAAGCUCUCCUUUACAGAUUACUCCGGCACAUUCUUUAUUGAUUAAAAAAUUCGAUGAUGAAAGCAAACAGUAUCAUUUUGCAUCAAUGGUGAGUGUUGGUGAUGAACUGUAUGUAACAAAUGAAAAUUUAACUGCAGUUAAACCAGUUAUUGUUAGUAAAAUUAAACCGAUUAAACUAUAUGAUGCAUACGCACCUAUCACAUAUGAUGGAACGAUUAUUGCUGAUGGAUUUGUUGCAUCAUGUUAUGGUUCGUAUAAACAUGAGAAUAUGCAUGUAUUAUUGACACCAAUACGUUUAUGGUACAGGUUAUUUCAAACAGACAAACAUCUGUUUGAGUACUUGGUUUUUUAA